UACACUUUUGGUUUCUUGAAUGAUAAAAUCAGAGAAUGUAAACAGCAUGUCCGAAUCAGAUAGUUCAGAAGAAGAUAUUGAGGAAAAAUCUCGGUUAUUAGAGGCUGUAGUAAAUGUCAUCCCACAAUACACAUCCAAACAUGCACUGAUUAACCAAACAGAUGUGACAUUACCAGUGAAAGAAAACUUGAAAGAAAGAAGAAUCUAUAAUUUGCCAUCUAACAGGCCAUUAGCUGUUGAUAAAGAAGAAGAAAAUGGUGCAUUUACUCCAGGGGUCAGAAAAUUUGUGGCUUCAAAAUUAUCAGAACAGCUUGAUAAAGAGAUAGAAUUAACUGAUAGUAGAUUAAAUGGAACAAACGAAGAAAUUACAGAUACAGGAAUAAGAUUAUUUUCAUCAUCAACAAGAAGUCUAAUAACAGACCAAGAAGAUAACUUUAUCACAAAACAAAAGAAGAAAAGGGCUGUUAGUUCUAGUAGUAAUAGUUCAGAAGAUGAAAGGCUUGCCGAGGCUGCAGUUUCUCAUGAUUUUAUCAUUAAACAAAGUCAGUCUACAAAUGGUAACCAGAAUGGUGAACCAAAUCUGAUAGUGAAUAUUUCAUCUGAUAAAGACUUAAAUGAAAUAAAAAAAAUAAACGAAAAUGGUACAAACAAUACUGUGAAAAAGAAGAAGAAGAAGAAAAAGACCAAACAUAAGGAAGAAAUAAAAGUUUCAUAGAAUUAUA